AGCAAAUCGAUGCGCUCUCUCGUUCGCAGAAAAUGGCAAUGGUUCUGAAUUUCUUCGGCAAUCGCCGCAACAGCAUCUUCGACCCCUUUCCUCUGGACGUAUGGGACCCUUUCAAGGACUUCGAUUUCCCGUCACUCCCUCAACUUUCCCGAGAAAACUCCGCUUUCGUCAACACGCGUGUGGACUGGAAGGAGACACCCGUGGCGCACGUGUUCAAGGCGGAUCUUCCAGGGCUUCGAAAGGAGUAAGAGGUGGAGAUUGAAGACGAAAGGGUGCUUCAGAUCAGUGGGGAGAGGAACGUAGAGAAGGAAGACAAGAACGACACUUGGCAUCGCGUGGAGCGGAGCAGUGGGAAGUUUUCGAGGAGGUUUAGGCUGCCGGAGAAUGUGAAGAUGGAUCAUGUCAAGGCUUCCAUGGAAAAUGGGGUUCUUACUGUUACUGUACCUAAGGUUGAGAUGAAAAAACCUGAGAUUAAAUCUGUUGAAAUUUCUGGUUAAGGUUAAGAGCUGAAACACCUCUCAUGUGGUGGCUGUCUUUGUUCUGUUUUGAAUGUUGAGUGUGAUGUAAGGUUGACUAUUGUAAAAUCUUCAACUUUAAUGUGAUUUCAGUGGUUUGACUCUUUGUUGGGAUCGUGUAA